GAAUGGUCCUUGCUUUGAACUUAAACUGACCAGGCUUUUCUUCGUUCCUAGAUUAAAGAAUGACAACUGAAGACCUCGCGAAAGCUCUGGGUCGUCCAGGCAAAUAUCAAUUACUCCUGACAGUACUUCUGUGUCUGAAUUACGUCUAUGUUGGUUGGAAUCACCUUGGAAUGGCGUUCCUUGCAGCCAAAACUAAACAUCACUGUACGGUGAAGAAUUCUUCAGACAUCGAUCAUCUUGUACCGUUGGAAAAAAAGAAUGGAAAAGAACAAUGGAAAGGGUGUAAAUUGUACUCAGACUACAACAAGACUGAACAAGUUAGUUGUUCAAAUGGAUGGACUUAUUAUCAUUCUGACAGAGAAAGGACGAUCGUCUCUGAGGUAAAUUAUUCUUGGUUGUUUAACAGUGUCUUUGAAUUUCAAAAACCAUUUGUCUGAAUGCUUUCAUUAUAUAUCGAGUGUCAAAGUUCAUGUAUUCUUGCAUCUUAUUGGACGAGAUCUAGAACAUAUAUACUUGCAGAAACCGCACAACCCCAAUAAUUUUCAUGCACUGAACGCAAUAUGCCCUUUCGACCGUGCUUGGUUUGGGAGUUGGUGCACGAGUUGUAUGCUCAACAGUUUCAGCUGGCUAUACUAUCAUUGCAUGCAAGGUUGAAAUAUAUUUCUCCUUUUUUUACGUGAUACUGUCAUUGACUUGACCAAAAUAUUAAUUUUUAAGUGAAACAUGUCGCAGUUUUAGACAUACGUACUUGAUUUUCAAAGCAGAGUAACGCUCGAACAGUCCACAGACGUGACAGAACAUAGUGUUUCCCUCAGUCAUAGCGAAUAAAUGCUAAUUGUUAUAUAGCCAGGGUGAACACCAAACGUGAUUGGCUGAUUUGUGGUCACGUGACUUCAGAUAAAUGUAAUGUAUCCCGCCCGCCAGGUACAUAAAAUAAACAAAAUGGUGGCACAACUAGCAUAAUUAGAAACUACGAUUUUCCAAGUUUGUGUUCAAAUAAAGAAUGUGAAAAGAAGAAAAAUAUAGAGUUUUUGUCACGAAAUACAAUUGUUAUGAAUGUUGUUGAAUGUUGAUUUUUGUUCGUCGCUAUAUAACAAAACGCUUAUGUCUGUUCCCUCGGGAAACAGUUAGUUUUGUUUUCCCUCGAAUCUCACAUUGAGACUCUCGGGAAACAAAACAAACUAUUUCCCUUGGGAGCAGACAUAAUAGACAUUUUAAAAUGUAUAUUAUUUCAUUUAUUCUGAUGCGUCAGACAGAUGAUCCGUCAAAUCUAUCUCUAAAUAUUGAAUUGAUUCACAAAUCGGUCCAAGAGAAACAUUUCAGAUUGUCUUAUCCUACCUUUGAAUUAAAUGUACUCUAUUUUUCUUUCCUUCUAGUGGGAUCUUGUCUGCAGUGAUGCUUACAAGACCAGUCUUGCAAUAACAAUAUAUUUCGUUGGCGUAAUGUUAGGAGGUCUUGUAUUCGGAACAUUAUCAGAUAAAUUUGGACGACGACCUAUCCUGUUGUUUACCAUGUUUGCGCCAUCAUUGAUUGGAAUUAUCGUAUUUUUUAUCAAAAAUUAUAUCGCCUUUGUUAUCCUUCGUUUUGUUCUGGGAUUUCUUUUACAGGUCAGUAUCGUAACUGGUAUCCUAAUUAUUACCUGCAGAGCUGACACUAGCAUGAUCAGUGGGAGCACUUUGCCCUGAGGGUAUAUUGAAGAUCUAGUUUUUACUGCCGUACACCAGUAGUCGAAAAGUGCUAGCGCUUGUAUUAAUCUUUGGUUGUAUGCAAGUGUUAAUUGUGCUCAACUGAUAUCUUUUGUAUUUUUUAAGGGUUUACAAAUGACAUCAUUUCUUCUGUUCAUGGAAGUGUUAGCAGUCCAGUAUCGUACUGCGGCCGGUGUGACGGCCAGUAUAUUCUGGUCAUUUGGCGUAAUGUCUUUAGCGUUGAUAUCUUAUCUUAUACAAGACUGGAGAUAUAUUCAACUAUUCACUACUGUAACUGGAUUGCUUCAAAUUGGACUGAUAUGGUAUGUCGAAUAGAUAGAUAUAAGAUAUAUGUUAUGCACCUAUCAAUGUUAAGCCCCAGAGGCGGGGGGGGGGUCGGGCAUAGGUGGGGCAUUUAAUUUUUUGAGCAAAUUUCAAAUCAAAUGCCCCACCGUCGGGCAAUAAAUACUAUAUUAAUAAAAGUCAUUUGGUUCAAAUUGCCCCAACUCGGGGCCAAAAUGCGGGGCCAAAUUCGGGGUCAAAAUGGGAUGCAAUUGAUGAUCAAAUACCCCACAUAUGCCCGACCCCCCCCCUUGAAUGGGCCUCUGUUUCCUCUUUUAAUGGACCUCUACUUCAUCUUUCAAACACAAUCUGUAUUGUGUCACUAACUUUCCAAACUUAAAUCUACAUUUGACGUCAAUCGAAUUGGCACUUGCAAGACUUAUUGUUCCAAGUGUCGUUCCUACAACCCAACUUGUUGCUCUUAAAGUUCAUUUCAUGCACUUUUCAUGUUAAUAUUUGUUCAAAUAUAUCAGUGUGUAAUGUGUGUUUGUGACUUUAAGAAUAUGUUUUAGUUUAGUUUAGUUUAGUUUAGUUUAAUGAAAUAUGUCACAUUACAAAUUACAAAUAAAUACAGGACUUGCAUGCAACACCUAAACUAACGAUGACACAAAGACGGAGUGACAGGAGAGGAAAACAGGACUAACGUCCCAAUUGACAAUCCUCCCCCUUUUAUCUUAUAACUAUUGUUGCCUUUCUUGAAUCGGUGUUGGCUAAUAUAGGAUUCUUGUUAGUUCUAUAUAUUAGGCUAUACCUUCAAUCUUAUUUGUCCUUCAUCUAUGUAUAUAUUGUCAAAUUUAAUAUCUAUUUCUUCAUGUAUAGAAGGUUGUAAAGUUAAUAAAAACUAAAUAAAUAAAUAUUUUUUGUAGCAUCUUGCCAGAAUCAUUCCGUUGGCUGCUAACUAAGAACCGUUUAGACGCCGCAGAAGGAGUAAUUGAAAGAAUUUCUAAUUUCAACGAUCUGCCAUUUCCUCGGGAAGAGUUUAACAAAGUCGUGGAUAACAGUAAUAAACAGGAGGCCAAUGUUAAGAAGAACUACAGUAUUAUUGAUAUUUUCAGAUCGUCUGUUUUAAGAAAACGCUCUAUCAUUUUGGCUUUUGUAUGGUAGGCAACAUUUGAUUAACUUUCAUC